AUGGACGAGCCCAAACCCUUCGUCCCCCCUUCCGUCCACCCCCUACCCCUCCUGACCGGCGCCUCCUUCACGCACUACUCCCCCAUCCCCCCCGCGCUGCUCUCCCCCGCCCCCGGCUCGGCCGCCCUCCCGCCCUGCUGUCUCGGCGUCGACGAAGCCGGCCGCGGUCCCGUCCUCGGCCCCAUGGUCUACGGCGUCUUCUACCUCCCCCUGCCGCUGUCCGACCCUCUCCUCCGCACCACCCACGGCUUCGACGACUCCAAGGUCCUCACGCCCGCCGUCCGCUCCUCCCUCAUGCAGACCCUCUGCACGCCCGGCUCCGACCUCCACUCCUCCUGCGGCUGGGCCACCACCGCCCUCUCCGCCCGCGACAUUGCCGCCCACAUGCUCCAGCCGAGCACCUACAACCUCAACGCCCAGGCCAUGGACGCCACCGUCGCCCUCAUCCAGGGCGUCUUUGCGCGCGGCGUCAACGUCCGCGAGAUAUACGUCGACACCAUAGGCCAGCCGGCUGCCUACCAGGCCAAGCUGCAGAGGAUAUUCCCCACCACCAACAUCACCGUGGCCAAGAAGGCCGACAGCCUGUACCCGUGCGUCAGCGCCGCGAGCGUCUGCGCAAAAGUCACGAGGGAUGCCGCGCUGGAGGAAAUGUACAGGGCUAGAGGGGAGGGCCAAGACGCGGGCGCAGACGCGGGCGCCGACGCGGGCGCCGAGGGCAUGGCCUGGGGGUCCGGGUAUCCCUCCGACGCGCGGUGCGUCAGCUGGAUGAAGAGGAAUAUGCAUCCUCUGUUUGGGUGGGGCCCGGAGUGCCGAUUCAGCUGGGGCACGGCAAAGGAUAUGCUGGACGGGAAGGGGGUUGCUAUCAAGGUGGAUUGGCCGGAGGGGCCGGAGGAGGAUGCGGACGCGCCGAGACUGACGGAUUUCUUGACGGGACGAACGGGGGACAAGAGUGACGAGCUGGGGGGGUGGUAUGGGACUUGUGUUGGGACGGAAGCAUUUUAG